CUACUGCACACACAGAGCAGCUAGGUCGCACCUUCUGUGUCCUCCUCGCUUUCUGUCACCGCGGACGCGUCCCGUUUUCCCCACACCGGCUGCCUUUUCCAGGCAUGGCAGACGGCUUUACCCCAUCAUGGCAGUGCGACAUUACACCCUCGACUUCAAGCUCUGUGGGCCAGCUGACCAUGCUGAGACUGUGCGUGGCCUGCAGUCUAUAUUUCAAGAGCAGGAAAUGACAGAGACUGUCCAUGACACGGAGGGACAUGGAUACUUGGCCACCUUUGUUGGCAAGAAUGGCAGGUUUGCUGUCCUGCGAGUGCACUCUCAUGGUCUGGUGACUUUUGACCUGCAGUGUAGUGAAGGGGAUGAUAUAGCACGAAUGGACAAUCUAUUGAAUGCACUGGAGAAGAAGCUGAAGACUGUACUGAAUGGAGAUAUCCAAAGGGUCAAGAGGCUCCCUGCACUUCGGCGAGGGGGAGAGGUGGACAGGUACUGGCCCACAGCUGAUGGCAGGCUUGUGGAGUAUGACAUUGAUGAAGUUGUGUAUGAGAAAGAUUCUCCUUACCAGAACAUCAAAAUCAUGCACUCACAACAGUUUGGCAAUAUUCUCAUCCUCAAUGGGGACGUUAAUCUGGCGGAGAGCGAUUUGCCCUACACGCAUGCCAUCAUGGGCAGCGGCAGGGAGUGCUAUGCUGGGAAGGAGGUACUAAUCCUGGGUGGAGGAGAUGGAGGCAUCCUUUGUGAAGCAGUGAAGCUCAAACCAAAGAUGAUCACCAUGGUGGAAAUUGACCAGCUGGUGAUUGACGGAUGUCGGAGGCACAUGAGGAAGACUUGUGGGAAUGUACUGGAUAACUUGAAAGGGGACUGCUAUGAGGUUCUGGUACAGGACUGUGUUCCGGUCCUUAAAAAGUUUGGAGAAGAGGGAAGGACGUUUGAUUACGUCAUUAAUGACCUAACAGCAGUCCCUAUCUCUACAGCACCUGAAGAAGAGUCAACGUGGGAAUUUCUGAGGCUCAUUCUUGACCUAUCAAUCAAAGUUCUCCGACCUAAUGGGAAGUACUACACACAGGGUAACUGUGUGAACCUCACUGAGGCGCUUAGUGAGUAUGAGAAGCUGCUGGGAAGGCUUUCAUGCAAAGUUGACUUCUCCAAAGAAGUGGUGUGUGUUCCUUCCUACAUGGAGCUGUGGGUGUUCUACACCAUCUGGAAGAAGUAAUGCCCCUACCCCUCCGAGCCCAGCCUGCCGGAAUGUGAAGACUCACCCUCCGAUGCACUGAGGGGAGACAUGCACGCAUCUCUCCAUGCACUGUUUUUACUGUCCCUCCACGCCCCAAUAAACAUCCCCUCCUUUUUUUUAGACACACGUUUCUUAUUUUAUGUGUAAAAUCACACAGAGAUUGUAUUUUUGUUUUGUUUUGUUUUAAUGGUUUGUUUGUUUGUGGGGUUGUUCUGCUUGGACCCUCCAGGGAGCGCUGUGGUGCAGUGUGUGAGUGGAACGCUGCUGAUGACACUGAAGCCUGGAGGGUGACUCAGCAUCCUCUCUGCCUCCUGCCUCUGAAGACGAGCUGUCUCCUAGUUGAGAAAAUAGCAGACAACUAGCUUUCAGAUUCUGAUUUUAUGAUAAAUUAUGUAUUUUACUGUAGCUCCACUGAUGUUCGUGAGUUUUGAUUUUUUGGCUUCCUUUUGUUACUGUGGUUUGAGUGUGAUUUGACCCACGGGAAGUUUAAUAACAGUGUUGCAUUCUGGGUUGCUGGGAUUGUACCGGGAUGGUCCUACCUAUCCAAAUAGAAGCGUCUAAAUAUGUUUUAAAAGGGAAAAAAGAUUCCUGCAGUGGCAGAUUUCAUGCUUGUUUUAUUUUGCUAAACUGUGAAUGGUUUUUUUUUAUAUAAUUAGAGCCUUCAAAAUAUGAAAGUUUUUACAUUUCUCAUUUGAAUUUUCUUUGACGGAUGUGCUUGAAAGAAAGGUUUUUACUGAAUGUAGUUCACAUUUAUUUGCAUUCAUGCCUUUGAUCCAUAUUAAGGUGCUUCGUUGAUAUUAUUUAUUUGAUUUUGUUUCACCAAAUACCAGUAAUCCCGCCCUGAAAAUACCUUCUGUUCAUGAGAGUGGUAAACAACUAUUAAAGCAACUUGGAGAGAAAAUG